UGCCAUUACGGGGUUGGAUAUCGCUGAGGAGAAGGGGGAAAGAGAGAGAGAGAGAGAGAGAGAUAAAAAAAAUAUCUGCGACCGGUACAAUAAUGUCGGAGGCGGUCUGUGCGAUUGAUUAAUCCGUUGUUUGUGUGUUUUUGUUUUUUUUUCUUUUGGGGGUUGGGGCUGGGGUUUUGCAUUAACUUGAUGACGAUGAAGAUGAAGGUGCUGAUGAAGCUGCCCGACCCCGAGGAGGAGGACGACGACGAGGAGGAGGAGGAGGAGGAGGAGGGGAAAGCGGCUCCUGCCAUGCCGAUCCCGCCGCCGCCGCCGCCGCCGCCGCUCUCCGAGCCCUGGAAGGAGGGCGUGUACGAGUGGUUCGGCUCGGCCCUGACCUCGGCCCAGCGCCUGGAGUUCUGCUGCGGCCUGCUCGACCUGUGCCACCCGCUGGAGCUCCGCUUCCUGGGCAGCUGCCUGGAGGACCUGGCCCGCAAGGACUACCACUCGCUGCGCGACUCGGAGAUCCGCGCCAACAGCGUGGCCGAGCUGGCCGCCCUCGGCGACCCGGCCGACGAGGUGACCCGCAGCCGCCUGGUGGUGUCGCUGGCCCUGCUGGGCUCCGAGAACCGCGAGGCGGCCGCCGUGCUGGCCCGCGCCCUCUCCCGCCUCGACUCGGCCGUCCGGGCCUGCGGCCUGCCGCUCACCGAGCGCGGCGUCCAGGAGUUCCUGCUGCUGCUCACCAUGGCCUCCAACCACCCGGCCUUCUCCUUCCACCAGAAGGAGAGCCUCCGCCAGCAGCUCGCCGACCUGCAGCGGCGGCCCGGCAACGGCCGCAAUUUCCAGAAGGCGGUCACCAAGGACCGUCUUUCCAGGAAAAAUUAUUCCUCGGGGACAGAGAGUAACUACUACGAAAGAACUCCUCCAUCAUCUUGUGAAGGGGCUGAAGCAAUUGCUCAGCGACCAGGUGGGCAGAUUGAAAAUAUUAUCUUUAAAACUGUCUCAAAAAAGAGAACUGACAACUACUGGGAGUACACAUUUGAGGUCUUGCGGACUGAUCUCUCGAUGUGUACUGUGAGGAAAACACACCAGGAACUGCAGGAGUUUUUAACUAAACUUCCUAAGGAUCUUUCCAUUGAUGUUUCUGGCAAGACUGCAGUGCGGGCAUUAAGUCACGGCUCACAGACGAGAGAAGACAGACGGCACUCUGAUCUGGAGUCACUCAUAAGGCAACUGUUUUCAUCUCCAUCUCGAGCUUUCUUAAAAAGUGAACAUGUUCGUGAAUUCUUCUUUGGGAAGUUACCCGACUACAGUCAGCACCAUACAAACUUACAGCCAGCGUUAAAGUUGUCUAAAUCUGUAGAACACUUCAAGGAAGACAGUUCUGAGGCUUCCAGCCAGGAAGAAGAUGGACAACAGCAAUCAAUUCAUCAUAAGAAAAAUAUGGGGAAAUCUAUAGGCUGCAGUGUCUCUGGCGUAAAAUCUCCAGGGGUAGGGGUAAGCUUACAGCACCCUGAACAGAAUGGUGUACUGGACUGGAAGAAAAGGAACUACAGCACAAAACGUAACACUGACCACUGUACAGCUGUGAUGGAACAUUGUUUGUCAGAAGAUAAAAGAAAUACUUCAUCUGGGAGUAAGAAGUUGAACACACAGGCAGACAACAGCAAAAACAAGGUCGACCGAGGGAAUCACAGGGCUCCUGUUGGCAAUGGUAUUCUUAGGAUUCCUCCUGUGCAGCACGUGUGGACUGGGUCAGGAAAAGAAUUAAGAGAUGUUGGCUCUGGUUUAGAAGCAUGUGGAGACAGCUCUUCAGAAAGCUACAGUUCUCCUUCCAGCCCGAGACACGACGGGAGAGAGAGCUGUGAAAGUGAAGAUGAAAAAGACAAAGAUUCUGAUAGCACUUCGGAGGAUUCUGGGAAAGAUAAGCAGAAAGAGAGGCUCUCCUGUAACCCAGUUCGUGGAAAUAUCACAAGGCCAACUGCUCAGGUUGCUCCAGUGCAGAGUGAGAACUGUAGUGUUCCAGGGAAUCCGCCUGCCCCUUUUCUUCCUCGCAUUCCUUUAAUGCCUCCUAUGCACUACAUGAUGCAAAAUGGUGGAAAGAAGCCAGAUUAUGUUGCUCCUGUGGACAAAACUGUUGGGAUGAUUGUAACCGUUCCUCCUGUUGCUGCCUCUCUCCGAGAUUCUUCACAUGUAACGUCAGUUGGCGCUGCUGAAGCAGGGAAGAGAGUGGACCUGAUCCCUUCGCCUCUUUCAGUGGCGACUCCUUUCCUACUGCAGGCUGCUAGUCCUGCUCUUCAUCCCAUGGCACACAGACAUAAAAUGACAGCGUCGCAAAUUAACUUGGAGAAUUGCCGUGUUCCUGGACCCCAGACACCAGCAGGCGCCGUGAAUAUUGGAUCAGCCAACACUGCAUUCAUCCCAGUUCACAGCCACUCUCCAUCGGGGAAACUAUCAGCACCCUCGGUUUUGGAUCCCACUGCUAAACCUUCAACACAGAAUGUCGUAGGACUGAACGCCUUGUUGCCUCAGGCUGAUGGGAAUAUAGGAACAGUACCUGAGUCUGCCAGUUUAAAAGUGAUGCUUCCUGCAGCUGGCCUGCUACCACCACCUGGCUCAUACAACUUGAGUGGAACUCCGACCAGUGUUUUGCCAUUGCAGGGCACAGCAACCUCGCCAUCUCCUGUAGGCCAAAUCCAGUCCACUGGCUCUUCAGUCCCUACUCACACCCCGGGCCCUGUACCAAGUCUCAAUACUGCUUUAACUCAUAGCACAGCUCAGAGUGACAGCACAUCUUAUAUUAACACAAUAGGAAAUACAAGUACUAAUGGGACCAUGCAACCAGCUCAGCAGCUUGGCUGUGGGGCUUGUAGUUCCUGUGGAUGCCGAGGUAGCUGUGGAACCAAUAGUAAUCCUCUGCUAAACUACUACUACCCCAACACGAUACCCAGCCAGCUUAUCAGAGUUCCUUUUAUCCCUUUCAGUGGGAUAACCUCUCUUUGUAAUGGUAGCUACCUCAACCAAGCACAUCAAAACAACGGAACCCAGAUGCCCUUUUAUCAGAACCCUUACACUAAUGGACUAAUGCACGAUCCUAUGGCAAAUCAGACUAACUAUGGGAUGCAGCAAAUGCCUGGAUUUGUCCGAGGAUUUCCACUGAUGUAUCAAGUGGCCAACAUGGUCACCAAUGUAAAUGGGUUGGGACCUAAAAAGAAUGGAAAUGCAUCCUGUUAUAAUUGUGGUGUAGGUGGACACUAUGCACAGGAUUGUAAACAGCCAUCCAUGGAGGCCAGUCAGCCAGGUGCCUUCAAAUUAAAGUUUGCUCCAUCUCAUGAUUUGGAUUCAGCCGACUAAGCUAGAAAAUUAUGUCAACUUAGCAUUGAGCCUGAAUAUGUGGGUCUGACCCUAACAAUACACUUGAUGCUCUGUUAGUCAAGCAAAAACGGUUUUCUCCAUUAGAUUGGGAUUAGUACAUGGUCACUGAAGUCUGGGUUGUCUUGAACCUAUUGUGGCAUUUUUCCCAUAUAUGAACGUUUCUUGACCUAUUUUGGCUGCAGUGUUCAUGAAGCAAACAGAGCAGUCGACCUAGAAAUGCUUACAAUAUUGACCUCUCGUUUUGCACUGAUGAAUGUAUUAUACCAAGUGGCACGUGCAAUGUUCGCUGUUUGUUCAUAAUUUAUGGCAGUGUUUGAGAACCAACCUGUCCGAUAAAGACACUGGGCUGGAAUGAGCAGACUGCUGCCGGUUAAAAUGCCAGGUCACAUCUUGCAUCAUGGUACAUCUUCUGUCUGCGUCAAGUUGUCUUCAAAUUUCGAGUCUCUGUUCCCUCUCUGUUUCAUGGUUUUUUGUUUCUCUUUCAGUUGAUGUAGAAACCACUCCGCUUUCAAAAGUAGAUGCAUGAAUUUAAAGUACUUCUGUUUGGCAUAGUGGAUAAAAGAGUAAAUAUAGACAUUGACGUAGGGUAAUGCCUUUUAUAUUGUCUUUUUUUGAAGAGAAAAAGCUUUGGAAAAUUGAGUGCCUGUAUUAAUCGAGAUAAAAAAACAGGAAAAACAAUCUUCAGAAUAUUGUCUGGUUAGUUUCUUUUUAGACUUUAAAAAAAGGACAGAUUUUAAAGCAUUUUAUUUAGUGCAGCUAAUUACCUUUGUUACUUUAAUUUUUGGUGGUGAUAUUUAUAACAACUGUUUAAAUUUGACAAAAGCGUGAAUGUUUUUCAGUUUGUCUUUGGAUCAAACCAUUGAAUAGCCACAAUCAUUUUUGUGAAUCCCAUCUUUAUACUGUACCAUAAACUUGCAACGGAUAUUACUUGAUUUCCUUCUUUAAAAAAAGGCUCUAAACUGAAACCGAUAUUGGGGCAGUGUUUACUUGGAUUUUAGAAUGUAAAACAAAUUUUAUUUUACUCAUAGCUAUACAGAAAAAAGGUUACAUGUCUCCAUGAUUUAAAAAAAACCACUUAAGAUAUUUAUUGUAGGUAGCGUGAUCUCUGCAGAUUUGACGUGGUAGUGAAUUCACCAUUUCACUUGCAUUUGCCACUACUAUAAUGUGAAGACUGAUGCUUGAUAUUUGUAGAUGGUAUUAAUCAUGUCAGCAUUGUCACUGAUUUAUGCUGCUGCUUUUUUUUUUAAAAGGAGAGAUAAAAGCCAAUAUGCACUAUUCUGCUUCCAGGUUUAUUUCUUAAAAGUGCACUGAGGUUAUUCGCAAGAUGAUGGCAUUUUUGAGGGUUGCUGCAUCCUACAGCGUAAGGUUGAAUUAGUGCUGUCCAAGUGUGACCCUUGGCAUUCCUUUAACAUUAAUGGGGAUAAAUGGAGCUGUGAUAUUGGCAUGCGGCAGUCUGCUUUUUUAUAAAUGUAUAGAGUCCCCACUCUUUUUGAGUGGAUUGAUGUAUUUUGUUGACUUGAAAACGAGUGGGUGUCAUAGGAGUUGAAUGUGUUUUUGUUUGUAGGCUCUUAAGGCCUUUGUCUUGUCUUAAAGCCCUGGUGUCAACAAAAUGCUUGUCAUCAAAGAGUAUUUUUUUAGGGAGAAAAAUUGCAGUUGACUUCAUCUGUCUAUGCUUACUCUAGUCAGGCUGCUUUGAGUAGCUAGGACAUUGACCCAAACUUCUUAUUAGCAUGUGAGAAAUACCUGUUGACAUUUGGGCCUUUUUAAUGCCACCCAUGUGAAUCAAUUAACUGUUAUUUCCAGAUCGCUAGAGGAUGAAGUGUGGCUUUUAUUUUCCUUGAAGCACAUUUCUUUUACUUCACUUUUUUUUUGGAUGACCAAUUGAAUACAAAACAGCUAUCUUGGUGCGACUGUGCUGUUGAGUUCAAAGAUUUAAAAAUGGUAAGCCACGUGACCCUGUAAGACAAUGUGUAAAUAACUUGGUGGCUAUAUUGGAACUAAUUUUAUGUACUGUAUAUAGGAGGUACGUUGCUACCUUCAGUUCGUUCAUAUGUUUACUGUAUUCUUUGAUAUUCAAGAUGUUAUGUACUGGAAAGGUCACUUAUAUUUCUAGAACAAAUUUUUGGAUUUUAUGCAACUUUUUUCCCUGAAUUAAUAGCAAUAAAAAUUAUACAAAUCUUUUA